CAGGAAUUACGAAUGCACGUCACGUCAUUUGAUUUGUCAACGUAAAUGUUUGACAUAACAUCAUUGAGUCUUGACGUUUGGCUAUUUGUACAAAAGCGUUUAAAUUUUCUAGACGUAACAACAUUUUUAUAAGAUUAUUGAUUUCUUUUCAUUGUGAACACCAGUUUUUGUGAUAAAAAUGCAAUCAGUUGUAACUUUUGAAAAACCCUUGCCCCAUUUGAGUUUACCUGACUGGGAUGCACGCCUAUAUGAUUUACAGGUUACAUCGGAUACAAGAAGAGCAGACGCCUUCGACCUCCGCUACAGCUCCAACCAAAUGCGGAAUGAAACUAAAAUUAAGACCGACUGGGAUAGCUACCACAACAACAACAGACUUCGAGCAAGAGUGUACGAAAUCGAGCAAUGGAAAUCGACACUGCAAGAGUUGUUGGAGCGAUUGGAUCGAGAGAUGCAGGGCUUGAAGGAGGAAAAGGCGUCCACUGAGAGAGAAUUGGAACAGCUGAACCUACCCCUCCUUGUCUGCUCAGAGUGCCUUUCUAAUAGAGACGGAAGAAGAAGUUCCGAAUUGACGUACGAUCUUGCUGAUACUGAAUUGAAAAAGGAACUCUGUGUUACCGAAAGCAACAAGAAGAUGUUGAUUGACCGUUGUCAGUGGGCUUGGGAGAAGAUCAACAAGCUGGAGGUCGUCAAAUUCAAACUUCAACUUGACCUGAACGACAAAAAUGAAGCACUGCAGAUUGAUAAAGACAUGCUGAACCUAGACAAGGAGUGCGCGAAUAUAACUUACAAGACCGAUUCGCUGAAAAACCCAAAGAGGAUGAUAACCUACGAACAAUGGCUAAACAAAUGCGAAGCGACGAAACAGAUGGCCAUCGAAGAACUACAAGAUACACUGCGCCUGCGGGAAUCGCUAUUCGUGGCGAGGGGUAGAGCCCGCAACGCGCUGCGUGCGCAGACCGACGUCACCAACUACAUGUUGCGCAGGAGGAUCUAUGAUACGCAGCGGGCCAGGAACGAGCUCCAGUGGCAGAAAAUGAAGAUGGAAGAAAACAUGGAUAAACUUAACACGGAGCUCAAGACGCUCGGAGAACAGUUUGCCGACAAAGUGAACGGUCUGAAGGUAGCCGAGACCCGUCUGGAGACACGCGGGUACCGCCCAGGAAUCGAACUGGCCGCCGAUGAAGCAGACAUCGGUCUGAAGGAGGAAGUCCGCAACCUGCGGGAAACUAUAAGGCAGAUGCAAGAUAAACUGAACUGCGCUAAGGCCACGUACAAUGCUCUGGAAGCUGCCGCUAUCAAGAUAGGCAUAGACCUGAACGACAAAGAGCAAUCACUGGAAACUGACACCCGGGCACUGGAAAUGAGGGUUGCUCUGGAACCAAAGAGGCCGCAAGGCACCGAUAAGAACCUCAUUUUGGCUAACAUGGUCGACGAACUGCCGAACGUUGAAAAUUGACAUUCCAAAUUCAAGAAGCAGUGUUUUUAAAAUUUUUUUUUAAGAUGUUCGCAAGAUUUUUAUAAAUUAUAUUUCGUAAUUUGGCUGAAGUGAGUUUUUGGUUUUAGAUAUUUUUUUAUUAGAAUUUCUUCUUAAUUUAUGCCUAUAUAGGUAGGCAUAAAUUAAUUAGGCAUACCUAUGGGUACACCUAUAUAAUAUUAUAUAUUUUAAAACCGUUUGUACACAAAAACAUAUUUUGAUGAAAGUUUAGAUGUGCGCUAACUAUAUUUUAUGUCAUUCAAAUUCUUAAGUUUUAAGUGUCAAAUCAUUAGUAACUUUGCCGUGGUUUUCAUUGAUAUAUUCAGAUUUUAAUUUGUGUUCACAUUAUCUCAGGAUCAUACCACUUCAUCUAAAGUAGGUAGAUAUUUUCAAAGUGAAACUUCUUUACGCACGCUUGACUUUUUGGGUAAGCUGGCGAAUGCGUU